AUGAGGAUACAGAAAAUUUCCAGAGGUGGAAACCGUUUGAAUAAAGCAAAACGUUUAUUUUUAGGUGUAGGUAAAAAUGCCCCAACGUGGCAGUCAGCGGAGAUUUGGGCUGGGCAAGAGCUCAAUCCAAGCAGCAUGUUGAGUGCUGACAGAAAUGCAAGUAAUAGUAACAAAUUAAGAACAUAUAGAACAUAUAAAAGUGUAUUUAAAACUGAACCAUGUAUAUUGUUAAAUAUGUCAAGGGAACAACGCCGUAUUCUAGCCAAAUUCAGGGCUUGUAACCACCCUCUUGCAAUAGAAUCUGCACGAUAUGCCAAACCAAAAAUACCUUUCAAUUUAUGCCUCUGUGUAUACUGUGACUCUAGUCGCGUUGAGGAUGAGACCCACUUUCUUAUAGACUGUAAUUUUUAUAGCGAUCUUAGACAUGAAUUGUUUGAAAAAGAAUAUAGGCAGCAUAUUUUAUUAUCAAAACGUCACGGUUUGAAACGGCGUAAUGAUCAACAGUAUGACAAAGAAAGUUCAAAGAAAGAAAUUACAAAAAGUAGUAGUGGUUGUGAUGGUCGAAUUAGUAGAAGUGGUGGUAACGGAAGUGAUGGUGGUAGUAGUAGUGGUGGUAGUAGUGGUGGUGGUAGUAGAAGUAAUAGCCGUGAUCAUGGUAGUAGCGGUGGUGGUAGUGGUAAUGAUGGUAGUAGUAGAAGUUAUAAUGGUGGUGAUAGUAGUACUAGUGUUUGUGGUGGUGAUAGUGGUAGUGGUGGUGUUAGUGGUAGCAGUAGUAGCGGUGGCGGCGGUGGUGGCGGUAGUAGUAGUUAG